AUGCCAACUGUACUCACAUCAACACCCCAGGCUCCAAAGCCUUCGGCCCUCACCACCCUCUUAACCUCUACCUCCGCCUCCUUGAACCCUCACUCUGCAACUGCGGUCCAAGUCCUCCACAACCUUCAGCAUCAGCAUCUUUGGACCUCUCUCCAAAUCCAUGAUUUGCAGGCACCCAAUUUCUCCGUCGCAUCGUUGUCCACCUCAACAUCUACAGACCAGCUUUCCAGCUCACCCUCCUAUCUGAUCUCCGGCAUCCCGCCCCACAGAAUCUAUACGCAUCCAGACGAGCAGCUGUUCAUUCUUGAGAGGGGUCUUCGCGAAGACGACAUCGAGCUGGAACGAAUGUUCGUUGUUCCCACCGCUCACGGACAAUCAUGGAGUCUGCGCAAAAUGGCUGCCGUGUUCGAUGCGCUUCCCGAGGACGAGGAAGAGUCACAUGCUCAGUCAUUAGAUGAUGCCAAAGAAUCUGGUAAUAAUGCUGAGAAGGCGGCGAAGCUGACAGAGUACUAUGAGUACAGACGAAAGGCCCGUAUCACGAAAGAGUGGGGUGGGAAGAGACUCCUCUUGGCCAUGGUCGAUCGAAGCAUGGGUGGUGAUGGUACCGUGGUGUACUAUGUCGUCCAGGAGGGUGCUGUGAAGCCGAGACAGAAUUAA